AUGAUGCAGAACCCCGCGUUCUUACUGAUUGCAUCACUUCUGGCUACGCUACCUGUCAAUGCUGACGGCUUGUAUCCAAAGAGCUCCUCCGUUCUUCAGGUUGACCACAGGAAUUAUGACCAGUUAAUCGCCAAUUCAAAUCACACAUCGCGUCCCUGCAGAUUUUAUGCCCCAUGGUGUGGUCAUUGCCAGAAUCUCAAGCCGGCGUACGAGAAAGCAGCCAAGAAUCUCGAAGGACUGGCCAAGGUUGCCGCAGUGAAUUGCGACGAUGAUGCGAACAAGCCGUUCUGUGGCCGGAUGGGCGUCCAAGGCUUCCCCACCCUCAAGAUCGUGACGCCCUCCAAGAAACCAGGAAAGCCUCGAGUUGAAGAUUACAAAGGAGCAAGGAGCGCAAAGGCGAUCGUCGACGCUGUGGUGGAACGGAUACCUAAUCACGUCAAGCGUCUGAGCGACAAGGACGUCGAUGAAUGGUUGUCUGAGGACAAGGACGUCCCUAAGGCUAUUCUGUUCACGGAUAAGGGCACCACUGGUGCUCUUCUGAAGUCCGUUGCCAUUGACUUCCUGGGUUCUAUCAAGGUGGCUCAGAUCCGUAGCAAGGAAUCCGAGACAGUUAAGAAGUUCGGUAUUACAUCGUACCCUACACUCAUCCUGCUCCCUGGCGGCGACAAAGAACACAUUGUGUACGAUGGAGAGCUGAAGAAGAAACCGAUCGUCGAAUUCCUGAGUCAGGUUGCUGCGCCAAACCCGGACCCUGCCCCUGCUCAUGCCAAAGCCAAGGCAAAGUCUUCCAAAUCCUCCAAGAAGUCCACAAAACCGUCAAUAGUGAACGAGGCCGAAGAUCUGAAACCUACAGAGUCGCCCGAUCCCAAAGUCGUACCUGAUGACGCGAAGGAGUCCAAGCCUGUCGAGGUUCCUAUCCACCCUCCACCACUCGAGAUACUAUCUACUCCCGAAUCUCUCGAGUCCGCCUGUCUGACUCCCAAGUCCAGCACAUGCGUUCUCGCCCUCUUCCCUAACCCCGAGAAACCAGACGCUGAGCUUCCUGCCCCAGCAAAAGAAGCUCUCACAAGCCUGUCCACAGUCUCCCACAAGCUUCACCAGGUAAGGGGCAAGACCUUCCCAUUCUACAACGUUCCCGCCAUCAAUUCCGGCUCCAAGACUCUGCGUGAAUCGUUGGGUCUACCGGCAGAUGACAAGAGCAUCGAGAUCAUCGCCUUGAAUGGUCGCAGAGGGUGGUGGAGACACUAUGAUGCUGGCGAGAACGGCGAUUAUGGACUCAACAAAAUCGAGGCGUGGGUGGAUGCGGUCAGACUGGGCGAGGGUUCGAAGGAGAAACUCCCUGCAGGUGUGAUUGCUCAGCAGAAGGAGGGAGAGGAUGAGCAUGAUGAACUGUGA